CCGCGGCCUCAGCGGCCUGGCCUUAGUCAGGCCUGUACGACUGUCCGCAGAGGUGGUCGCUCCUUUCAACCCCCUUGGUCUUCUCCCAUUUCCUCCGUCUUCCCUGCCCCUCCUCUUCCCUCUCUUCUGGGAGUGCUUUGGCAGGCCCCUCGCUGGUCGAGUACCGCCGCCAACGCCGCAUCAAUGAUAACACCGAUCGGUCCACUGUCUUUGUCAGCGGCACGUCUGCGCUGUGUGCCGCGGUCCCGCUGGCAGCUUCCUCCUACGUAGAGCCUGGACUCAGCACCAGGGUCGUCUCAAUCAGCAGGCUUGCCUGAAAUUCGAUGUCCGUGUGCUUCUGCAAAGGGGGGCUCUGCGGAUUGCGAGCAGACGCGGUCUGGGUGCUGGGCCGACUGCGGGCAAUUUGCGGGCAGGGAUGCCCUGGUCGCGCCCUGGUCACCGCUGUACACUGGCCACAGUCUACCUUCCACGAGUCACGCCGUGCAUCUGAUAAAGCAUCAUGCCAGCGAGACGCUGUUUUGUGGAGUUCUGACUGCUCUGCGACGCGGCGUCUUGCCUUGCUCUCCGCAGGUCGCAACACGGGAUAUUGAGGACAGCGGACGCGAGCGGCGGAGUGCAGAGGACUCGACUCCUGCACACUGCGGGCGCUCUGCCUUCUCCCGCUCCUGCGCGCGGCAGCUGUCCUUCACACACCAUCCGUGCAGUUGCGGGGCGUUCUUUCUUCCCAGCCCGUGGCUCGAGUGCACCCUGGCGGGCGGCAGCGCGGCCGCGCGCGCGCGCGCUUCGGGGCACCCCGAGGGGGCUGGGGCGAGAGCAAUGCCGCCCCUGCGCGGCGCUGCGUUCCUCUUGGGGUGCCUCCUCGCCGAGUCUGAGGCGUGCUCCCUGCAUCUGGCGAAGAAGUGCCGCGGCUACGAGUGCGAGGACCCGGUCUUCCCCGUGCUCGACUACGACACGAAGAAGCACAAGUGCGUCUGCAUCCCGCACCCCUGCUGGAAUGUGAGGAGGUGCCCCGCGGACAAGCCGUACCCGAUCUUCAACUUCGACGCGGACAGCAAGAUCAACUGCACUUGCUCGACGAAGGCGAUAUGCAACUCCAAGUACGUGGCGUCUGUCAAGUGCCCCGGGCACAUGUGUGCGGACGACUCCCAGCACCCGAUUCUCGACUUCGACGACAAGGAGAAGUCGUGCAUAUGUCGGGCGCAUCCCUGCUGGGAUGACGACGGGCAGAGACACGACUGCGAUUCCGAGACGCACCCGCUGUUGAGGUACCGCGAGGAGCUCUCCCGCUCCGGGGCCGUCAAGUCGAAGUGCGAGUGCAGCACCAUCCUUCCGAUCCCUGGGAAGGGCGGGGCGGGCUCCAAGGAGGCCGUCAGGAAGUACCGCGACGAGGAGCUCUGAGAGCGGCUGUGCUGGGCAUCGCCCGUUCCGCGGCGGAGGCGGCCGCGCCGCGCCCCCUUUGCGGCACGGCCUUGGCCGUGCCGCCGUCUCCGGGGCCUCCAGCGCGAGCGGGGUGAGCGGCCUCCCGGCCUCCUCCCGCCGGAAGGGAGGAGGCCCAGUGGGAGGGGGCCUGCGCCUCCCUCCUCCCCUACGCCUUGCUCGUCCGCCCCCGCUCGCCAGAGCCCCUGUCGAGGCCAGCUGGCCGCCCCCUGGCUGACUUCUCCGUGCGGUCUCGGCGCGGCGGCGGCCGCAUGCUCUCUGCUCCUGCUUCUCGUCCCGCUUCUCCGCCUCCCUGUUCCCCUUUGUCCGAUGACCCACGUCUCUAAAAGUUCGAGCCGCCAGAUGCCUGUGCUGGACAACAGGCAUUCCUUGUGGCUCACCUUUAAUGGAGCGGAUGGGGCCUGCAGUGCACCGAUUCCUCCGUCGCGCGUUGCGCUGCUACUUUCUGGGAAGCCAGUCUGGCAUUCCAGCCCCUGCCGCUCUGUCCGGUCCGGCAACAGACCGUGCUUGGAGCAGGGUCGCGAUAGUCAGCUGCGAGACACCGGGAAGGGGGAAAAGGCAGAA